AAGGGACCAUACAUAUCUUCGGUGACUGUUGACAUAUUAUUUUCGGAAUUUGGGAUUAAGUAAUGCAUUAGCUGUAUAACAUAUGAUCUCAUAAGACAGACAAGUCAGGAACUCACAUGUAAGUAAACCUGUAGCUUAAGAGGUACCUGCGUACAUGUACAAUACCUAAGAAAGAUUCUAGGUUAGAGGUAACUCUCGAACCCACAUACCGGAUUUCCAGAUUCAACACUAUAAAGCCGCCUCGCUAAUCUCGACAACUUUUACAUGUAACCCGUAAUCCUGUUUAUUUUAACGCCUCUCUUCGAAUUUAGCCUCAAACCAAAAUCGAUAAUUGUUACACUACAUUACAUUAUAUUAUUACAUCACACCAACCAUGACCUCACCCGCACCCGCACCCACACCCCGUCGCCGCAUCGUCGGUGUCUCCACAAAGAUGUACUUCUCUGCCACCCGGACAAAGCAAUACGUCGACGAGCUACUGCAAAUCCUCUCUUCCCCUUCAACCCCCCUAAACAACAUCGACAUCUUCAUAAUUCCCGACCACAUAACCCUCACCUCCGUCAUCACCCAACUCCAACACUCCCCCUCCCCCAUUCCCAUCCUCCCCGGUGCCCAAGAUGCCUUCUACGAAGACACCGGCGCCUACACUGGUGAAGUAUCUCCUACUGUCCUCGCCGAAGUAGGCUGCCGCAUCGUAGAACUAGGCCACGCCGAGCGCCGCCGUAUCUUCGGCGAAACAGACGCUGAUACAGCGCGUAAAGCGGCGGCCGCGGCACGGAACGGUUUAAUCCCGUUAAUCUGCAUAGGGGAGCGCUCCAAGGCAGACGGGGAAGCAGGUGUUAGAGUCGCCAUUGACGAAUGCAGAACGCAAGUCGAAGCUGUGCUCGCCGCGCUCCCUACCACCGCGGAGGUGGUAUUAGCUUACGAGCCCGUCUGGGCGAUCGGUGCGGCGGAGCCCGCGGGCGCGGAGCACGUGGUUGCUGUUACGCGGGCGAUCCGGGGCCUGGAGUGUGUGCGGAGUCGGAAGGGGAGCACGAGGAUCCUGUAUGGGGGGAGUGCUGGGCCGGGGCUUUUCGCACGGCUGAAGGAUGGGGUGGACGGGCUGUUUUUGGGACGGUUUGCGCAUGAUCCGGCGCAAUUUUACAAGACGAUUGUGGAGGUGGCUACGGCGUGAUGUAUACCCACCUGGACAGGGGGAGAGAAGCGGUGAUGGUAAUAUCUCUGGAGCGUUCGUAGAUACCGUCGAUAUAUGUUGUCAAACGCUAUAAACAUAUUCCAACAAAAUCCAAACCAAUCGAGACUAAUGACUUAAUAUGAAUGAGGCGCGAUUUACAGCGCGCCCCCCCUGAAUGAAAAAGUUCAAUUAUAGAGUGUCGUCGUCGCGCCUCUAUAUAACACACGCGACGCGAUCUAGAAUCCUGACAAGUGCUCCGUCGCCCAUGUAUACAUCGCUUGGCGAACUGAAGCAAAGAUCAGACAGUAAAUGACCUAUGGUAUCUUACAUCAAGUCAUAAGACCAGCCA